AUGCAGUUAAAGGUGAAAACUCUCACGGGCAAAGAGAUAGCGGUUGACGUUGCUGGCAGCGACUCAGUGUACCAUAUCAAAGAGUUGUUGGAAGAGAAAGAAGGAAUUCCACCUUCUCAGCAGAAGUUGAUCUUCCAGGGAAAGCAAGUCGAGGAGAUAAUCGAGGCAAACGGGACACCAGAGUGCCAGGAGAUGAGCGAAAUGGAUAGUGGGGGUACCGAUGGGCCCAUAACUGCGGACAGCAUCCUCAAGAGUGCGUACGAGCGGAAGAAACCGCAACAACAAGCGACCAAAGUUGAUAUCUUAGACCUGGAGGAGCUUAAAGACUGGCAAAGGCGGAAACGGACGGAGUUUGAGACAGUGUUGAAGCGGAAUCGGUUAGACAUAAGGCAGUGGAUGCGAUAUGCUCGGUUUGAAGCGGAUCACAACGAUAUCAGACGAGCUAGGUCGGUUUACGAGCGUGCUUUGCUUGUGGACCAUGGGUUCAUUCCGCUGUGGAUCCAGUACAUUGACAGCGAGCUCAAGUGGAAGAAUGUGAACCAUGCGCGUAAUCUAUUGGAUCGGGCUACCAAUUUACUUCCCAGAGUGGACAAGUUAUGGUACAAGUAUGUGUUUCUCGAAGAAGCGUUAGGGAACGUUGGUAUUGUUCGAGGCAUCUUUACGAGAUGGUGUUCGUUGGAGCCAGGACCGAAUGCCUGGGACUCGUUUGUGGAGUUCGAGCUGCGACAGUCGGACUUUGAGAAUGUGCGCAAUGUGUACUCCAAGUACGUGUUGGUCCAUCCGCAGGUUUCCACUUGGUUGCAGUGGGUGAGGUUCGAACAUAUGCAUGGAGAUGCGUCUUCAGUAAGAACGGUCUAUUCGAUGGGUUUAGACACGUUGACUGCCCACAGCGGGACACCUUUGGAAGACAUUGAGCAGCUCAUUGAGAGCUUUGCGUCGUGGGAAGCGGAGCAGGAUGAAAUCGAGAGAGCCAGGUCGUUGUAUCGCAUCGCGUUGGAAAGAUGGCCGGAUUCGCAUGCGUUGAAAGAGCAACAGGUAAAGCUAGAGAAGAAGUUUGGUUCUAGUGGUGUAGAAGAUGCGGUGAUUGAAAAGCGUAAAGCUGCGUACGAGGAAGAAUUGGAAUCAAACCAUUAUGACUACUCUACGUGGUGGGUGUACCUGGAUCUCUUGGAGAGUAAAUACCCAAGAGAAGUAAGGCAAGCAUUUGAUAGAUUUGUGGAUAUGGCACAGCCAACAAACUCCAAAAUCAAAGAUAUGAGCUGGAAAAGGUAUGUAAAGCUCUGCAUUCGAUAUCUGGUUUAUUUGGAGCUUACGGUCGAUGACCUCGCGGCCACAAGACAACUUUUCCAGCGGUUAUUGGAUAAAAUAAUCCCCAACAAGAGGUUCACAUUUGGGAAACUGUGGAUCAUGUAUGCAGAAUUCGAGAUAAGGCAGAAUGAUCUAACAAGAGCGAGGAAAAUACUGGGGAUGAGCUUGGGGAAAUGCCCAAAGCCAAAAACCUUCAAGUACUACAUUAACAUGGAGAUGAAACUAAAAGAGUUUGAUAGGGUUAGACGGCUAUACGAGAAAUAUUUGGACUUCAAUCCGGAGAAUGUCCAGGCAUGGCUAGAUUAUGCGGAGCUAGAGGAGAACCUAGGUGACGAAGAUAGAUCUAGGGCCAUCUAUAAACUUUCCUUAUCGAAUAGCGUAGGUCUACCACUCAAUGAUCAAUUGGCUAUAUUCCAAAGAUUUAUCGCUUUCGAAACAGAUGCCUCCGAGUAUGAUAACGCGCGAGCACUAUACAAUGAGUACCUCAUUUUAAGUGAGUAUGAUGUUAAUGUGUGGAUCAAUUGGGCCCUUUUCGAAAGUACAAUUCCUUCACAAGAGCAAUUGAUUGCUUAUCAAGAAGCCCACGAAGGUGACGAAGACGAAGACGAAGAAGAAGAAGAAUUUACGUUUGAUAUCACUGAUGAGAAUAAGAAGCAAACCAGAGACAUCUUCGAAAAAGCAAUUGCAUACUUCAAGGAACGUCAGGAUGCCGGUAAAGUUAAGCAGCUAUUAGAGUCUCUAUUGGAAUACGAGAUGGUUCACGGUACAGAAGAAACUGUCUCAAAGACUAAGCAAAGAAUGCCAAAGACAGUCAAACGUAAAACAAUUGUUGAUGGAAUCGAGCAGGAGGUGUUCGUUCUAGAGCUUCCAGAGGAACCUGAUGAUGAGAUCAAUAAAGUUAGUAAGAACCUUUUGGAACGCGCACGGCAAUGGCAGCAGGAGAAUAGUAAGUAG